AUGUUGUCUGGGUGGAGUACUGCAGGAAUAUUUGCUUGUCCAGUAUGCAAGGGAGGUUUAAAAGCUUUCUCAUUGGAAAAAGGAAAAAAGAGAUCUUGGUUUGAUUGCCACCGUCAAUUUUUACCUCGUGAUCACGCUUUUAGAAGAAAUAAGGUUAUGUUUUACAAAAAUAGAAUUGAGACAAGGGAGCCUCCUCCAAGGUUAAGUGGUGAACAAGUGUGGAAAUAG